AUGACCCGCCCCCAGAACGUCGGCAUCAAAGCCAUCGAGAUCUACUUUCCCAACCGCGAUUCAUCCGGUGUGGUGUGGCGAGGACCUAACGAAACGAUCCGGAGGAAGUACGUCCCCCAGCCCGACCUCGAGAAAUACAUGCACGUCAGCGCCGGCAAGCACACGAUCGGCCUGGGCCAAACGAACAUGAGCUUCUGCGAUGACCGCGAGGACAUCAACAGCCUAGCCCUAACCGCGCUCUCCGCCCUGCUCCACAAAAACACCAUCCCCCCAACCUCCAUCGGGUACCUAGGCGUGGGCACGGAAUCCCUCCUCGACCGCUCGAAAUCCACCAAAACGGUGCUCAUGCAGCUCUUCACGCCGGAAAACCCCGACGUCGAGGGCGUGGACUCCUACAACGCCUGCUACGGCGGCACCGCCGCGCUGCUGGCGGCCGUCGCGUGGAUCGAGUCCUCCGCGUGGGACGGCCGCGACGCCGCGGUCGUGUGCGGCGACAUCGCCGCGUAUGCGCGGGAGGAUGCGGCGGCCCGGCCCACGGGCGGCGCGGGGUGUGUGGCCAUGCUUGUGGGGGCGGACGCGCCUGUGGUGGUGGAGGCGGGGGUGCCGCGGGCGUCGUACAUGCGGCACGCGUGGGACUUCUUCAAGGCGGAUUUUGGGCGGGAGGCGGCGGUUGUGGACGGGGCGGGGUCCGGGAGGUGCUAUCUCGAGGCGGUGGAUGGGUGUUAUCGGAGUUGGGUGGAGAAGAUGCUUGCGUUGGAGGAGGAGGAGGCGGAGGGGAAGGAGGAUGAGACAGGGCGGGCGAGGGGGGCGGUGGGCGUUGGCAUCGACGCCUUCGAUUACUUCCUCUUCCACGCGCCCAACUGCAAGCUCGUGGCCAAGGCGUAUGCGCGGCUGCUGUGGAAUGAUCUGCUGCGCACUGGGGGAGUUCCGGAGGAGCUGCGGCCGCGGGGGGCGGGUCUGGACGAUGCGAGUACCCUGGGCGAUAAGGGGCUCGAGAAGCAGUUGAUGGCGCUGGCGCAGUCGCGCUUUGAGGAGAGGGUGCGGCCCGCUCUGCUAGUCCCGGCCCAGUGCGGGAAUAUGUACACCGCCAGUCUGUACUCCGGGCUCGUGGGCUUGCUGGCCUCCGUGCCGAGUGGGCGGCUCCAGGGGAAGAGGAUCGGCAUGUUCAGUUAUGGGAGCGGGCUGGCGAGUACCCUCUUCACGCUGGUGGUGCGCGGCGACACGACUGUCAUGGCGGAGAGGCUGGAUCUGCACAGGCGGUUGGCGGCCCGGGUGCCCGCUGCGCCGGAGGUGUGGGAUGAGAUGUGUCGGUUGAGGGAGCGGGCGUUUCAGCGGAGGGAGUAUGUGCCUCGUGGGAAUGUGGGAGAUUUGCUGCCGGGGACGUAUUACUUGGAGUAUGUGGAUGAGAUGUUGCGGAGGAGGUAUGCGGUCAAGGCUUAG